GACACCAUCGCGGGGGCUUUUCCCGCUUCUGGAAACCCUCGAAAAACCCUCGCCUUUCACUCUUCCCCUUCUCCGGUGCAUAUCCAUGGAGAGGAUCCCGAUCAUAUCCAUCUCCGACCUCGUCAAGCUCGGCCGCCCUCUUACAGGCGCUGCCUCCCUGUGCCUAGCGCCAUCGGCCUCUCCUCCGCCCAAAAAACCUAAAUGUGACAUUUCAGAUGAGGUUACUGUCAAAAUUCCUCUUUUCGCUGACCAUUGUGAAAAUUCCAACCCUGGCACCUUCUCUCCCUUGAGCCGUCCCGUGAUCAUAGUUGGCACCGUCGAGCUGUUCCCUCGGGAUGCUAAGAUUUCCCUCGGCUGUUUGAAUCAUUGCUUCUCGUUCUCAGAUGGCUCUUCGAGAGUCUGCUGCUACUUCCUGGAUUUCGACCUCAGGAUCAUUGGCUGUAAAGUCAAAAUCUUGGCGUGGAAUUUCUUACCACUCAAGCAUGGUGAUAGGGGAGUUCUUGAGGUGAUCCGAUGGAGCUUCACAGAUUUUGAGGCGGCAUUUGUUUCUGAUUCGUUACUGUCUAUGACUUCUGCUUGUUCCUCACGAGAAGCCAACAUGAAGUGCCGUGGUGGUGCCUUUGGCAUUCUCAAGGCUGUUAGCUCCAUCUUCCGUGUACCUUGCACGAAGCAAAAAGAGGAUAACUUGAGAAAUUCUGGGAGAAACCUCAUGAGUAGAGGGGACUUGACAGGAUUCCUUGUGGAGAUACUUACUUGUGUCUGUGAUGUUUGCAAUGAAUCUAGUUUUGUAGCAGAACGUGAUGACCAUCAUCUGAAAAACAAGGACUGCCAUUCCUUCAGUAAUUCAGUAUUUGUCUAUUUCAUGCAACCCAAUUUUUUAUGGCGGCCAGCACUCUAUAGGUUGAUUGGGAAGUCAAUAACUAUUUCAAGGUUGAAGAGGAAUUUGAUCUUUGUUGGAAAUGAAGUGUCAUAUGAGAUGUUUGUCUCAACACCAUCAACUAUGGUAUCUUUGACUAACCAUUCAGCAAAUUGUAUUUAUGAAGAAAGUUUGAAAAAAAGUGAUGAAGGCAUGUACAAUGGUGUUGUUACUGGAAUUUACAUGCAAGGAAUGGUGAUUGAAUUGGACGAUAAAGUCUUGCUACUGAUUCCUGAUCCUCCACAACAUUCUUUGAGGAUGGGUGCCAUUGUUUCUGUUAGAAAUUUCCAUUUUAUUCAUGUUAAGUAUUCCUGGGUCAAGAUAAUCCUUCUUGGGACAUGUGUGAAGACAUGCAUCAGUGUCAAAUCCUUUUCCAUGACUGAUAUAAGGUCUCAUUCUAAAUCUGAGGGUUCAAGUAUUUUGGAGAGGUUUCUUGAAUCUUUAACAUAUUCAGCUAAACUUUGGAUGCUACUUCUGGUCUCGUGUUUUAAAAAAAAAUUUGGUGGAAUAUUUUCUUACAAGGAUAUUUUGGGAUCAAAGAAAAAGGAAGGAUUUGCACAAACUUAUGCUACAACAUUGUUGCCUCCUAGUGCCUUUGAAACAAAGUCAGGAUUGUUUACUAAUUUCUGCAAACAUGGUCGGUGCAGUUACCAAAUGGAAAACUUAUCAUUCCUUAAAUUGGUGAUACCAAUAUCUAAUCUCAAAAGCUGGUGUGAAGUGUCUUGGAUUUCAUUGCUAGCACAAAAACACAAUGAUAAUAACCAAUUUGGAGAAAGCCCAUAUUUUGAACAGUUAUACCACAGAGAGCCUUUGGGCAAUGACAUGAUUAGAAGAAUUUUUUCAAGUGAUGAUAUGAGCUUUGUUUUGGUAGGCAUGUUGAAGGUUUCUCCAUAUUCAGGAAGGUUGCAAUUAACUGAUGCAACUGGAAGCAUUGAUGCUGUGGUGCCAGAUUUACCAUUGGAUGUGAACUUCCAGGCCGUUUAUGAGGUCAAAGAUUAUAAACUUGUAAUUGAAGGUUCGUCAAAGAAAAUUUAUAUGCAGCAGCAGUAUUUGGACGAACCACUCUCGUGCAGAACCAUAUUUCAGCAUUUUUCUCCCAGAGCCUCAUCACAGCUUGUGGUUUAUGUUCAUUUCUAUCUCAAGAAGUCAACUUGCAUGCAUUUCUUUCAAUUUUCUACUUACAUGGACAACAGUGACUCCUUGAAGUGUAAUAGUGGUGAAAUGUUCCACCUAUUAUAUGUCACACACAAAUUUCCUGCAUAUCACAGUCUUCAUGAGGAUGUCAGUUUGUCAAACAGCUCUGGUUUGUUUGCUGAGGCUUUUAUGUCGCCUUAUAAUUUGAUUCCUUAUGCGACAAGUGAACUUGAUCAAUUUGCAGAAAUUUUCCUCACAAAUCUAGAUAAGAAGUCUGAUUGUAUUGAUAAUUUCUUGAGAGAGAAUUAUAGGUCCUCCCAGAUUCCAUGUUUGCUCGUGUUGAGUAGAAGCAAUUCUCAGUCAUUUCAGUUUCCAUUUUAUUUACAUUGUGCUCGUGGGUUCAAAGACAAUGGCAUGCUUCAUAAUCACAGUGAUUCAAAAAUCUUGUUAGAGUUCAGUUCUAACAACUUAGACAAGUAUCAGAUGCUUCGUGUAGGAUCAUAUUAUCUUCUGAAGUGCUCAGGAAAGGGUCUUGACUGCAAAUCAAAAGCCUGUAAGCAUAUAACACAAGUAAAGCCCCUUGUAAUCUCUGAAUCAAUUAUCUGGAGGCUUUCUAUACUAUUUGACGAAGCAAAGCAUCAGAAUGGGCAAUCUCAACAUGUUUGUUCUUGUGUUUCUUCAGUGAGAAAUGAUAAAUGUUUAACUGAAAAUUUUUGUCAGCCUGGGCAAACAUUCCUACAUUUGAAUGAUGAAACUCAUGGACUUUCUGAUGUUCAUCUGCAUAUGUAUAGUGAGGCAAUCAAUCAAUUGGAAGAAUUGGAGUCCUUGCUGAAGAGUUUUCACAGUAUUUUUCCUUCUUUGGAUAAAAUAACAACUGUGUCAUCAUGCAUCCAACAAAUGAUGGCUCAGGCUGCUCUUACGUCUGGAAUUCUUAUUCCAGCCAAUGAAUUGCCUCAAGGAAAUCUGCUAUCGUUAAGUGGAAAUAUUGAGAGUAUUUCCAUCUAUGACUUCAAACCUAAAUGUGCAUGCUCUAGUUUCACAGUUUGUGAACACUGGAGUACAUGUGAAGUCUGUAUGCUUGUAAAUGAUGAUUGUCAUACGGUGCGGAUUCGUGGUAGCAUAAGCAGAUAUGCUUAUCCUAUUGGAUUAGGUCAUGCAGUGAAUGCAACCUUCCACAAGGUCCUGCUGACUCAAAAUUCAAGUCAGACAAAAGAAUUGAUGUUGACCCCAAUGUCAUUUAUUGUGGUUAACACUGUGAAGGAAAUUUGCCCUCUGGUUAACGUUGAAGGUUUGAUUCAAGAGUCCAGACGGAAUAUUCCAUAUGAAGUAUUCAUAAAUACCAAAUCAUCGUCGCGUUUGAUCUCAAAUGUGCUGCAGUGCACUGACAGUGAUCUCAUCCACCUUAACUGCAGGGUUGUGUGUAUCAUUACUUUGGUACUGGAGAACCAGACACAUGGACCUGUAAUGUCGCAACCUGUAGGCUAUCCCAAAAUAACAACAGCAAGUAUCCCUCUACUUGGCUUUCUAGUAGAGGAUGGAUCAUCAUCCUUAUGUUAUUGCUGGGCUGACAAUGGUCGAGCUGAGAUAUUCCUUCGGCUACAUGAAUCAAGUCAAAUGAUUUUUAGUAGUGGUAAGAUAGUAAGAGGGCCUGAAAAGAAAUAUUCUCAGCGUACUACUGAGUACCUUCUAUACGAGAUGCUUAAAAAGCAUAAGAGGAUCAUCGUUAGAAAUCAUGGUGCUGCUCCUGACUUGUCCUGUGUAGACUUAUCAUUUUCGAUUGACUCGGAUCAGGUUUUCAGUAAUGCAGAAGAAAAACUUCUGAGGUCCAUCACCAACAAUACAUGCCAUGCACCAACACUUAGUAUUGCUGGCAUUACGAUGAAUUCAACUUCGGCAUUCGAUGGUAGAAUGGAAUUUCUUGAACAUCGUCAAGCAUUGCAAUCACUGCCAUAUUUGUGGGUUAAAGAGGUUGUGCCCAUUGAUUCGAGGCAAGAAGCUUAUGGGAGAACCUACACACUGAGUGGAAGGAUGAGGCAAGAAGCUGGAGAUGUUCAUUUAUCCAUUUGAGUUAAUAAGAAGCUGAGUGGAAGGAUGUGGCUUUUGUUUGCAAAGAAGCUCAAGUGGCGUUUUAUUAGCUUUGAUAUAUCUCCUACUACUUUUGCACCAUUGGUUGCAUUGCUCAUCAUGAAACCUAGCAGCAGUUUUUGGUGGCAAAACUUUGAGUCAACAGACCCUCAAGCUUUUGGGUAGGAUGCCAUCAGCUGGACUCUCAGAAUCUGGUGAAGUAUCUACUAGUAUCGCAUAUGCAAAAGUGAGAAGGAAUCUGAAAGUAGAUUAAGAGAAAAUGAGUGUAUUUAUUGUCACUUUUUUGUUCCCUAUCUUGAUUGCCUACUGUAGCAAGAUUGUAAUACAGCAUCUAUCGUCUGCUCAUGAGGUUAAGAUUUGAUCUGCUUGUAGCAAUAACACCCGUCGAACAAGCACUCUACUAAAUCUUUGCUUGUUCCAUUGCUUCGAAAAGAU